AUGUUAAUGCCCCGUUUCAUCUGCUUGGUUUUUCGAGAAGCAGCUGAAGAUGAGAUCCACUUGGAUGAAGAGAUGGAUCGUGUGCUCUGGGGAGGAGGAACCUCCAUUAGGAAUCUUCAGAAGACCGAACCUAUUAGGGAUGCCGCUGCUCCGUUGCCGUACUCAUCAUAUCCAAACGUUUCCAUAGAGUAUCAAAAUAGUUCUGAGCUCUCCCCUGGUAGUCCACGCCAUUGCAGUACCACCGUCUCAGAGGCUCUAAUGUCAGGUGUUCCAUCGGAUUCCGGCUCAAUAUACACAAAGGACUUCGACCGCCACGUUCAGUUUGAUAGUGAAGAUCUAGAAAGCUCUCUGACAGAAGAUUACAAAGAAGAACGACGAAUUCAACGACACUAUCGCCACUUACAUCCGCAUAAGUUCCGCAAGUACUCCUUGCAAGAAGGAGGCAGAGUUGGUGUGUUAUUACCGAGUCUGCCUAUCGGAGAAAGGAAUGCCCUAGCUUCGGCAACAGAAGAAACAUUACCUGAGGCUGAUCAAGACGACCUUCGCAGCCACCGCAGUGUUGACCCUAGAGCGUUGCGUCGUCAUAAAAUUCAACUAAGGGGUUCAACAGUCCACGUCAGCAGAAAAGAUGGCGGAGACAAGACCAUGCAAAGUUUAUUUACAGACACCAUCAACAAGAAAUUAUUGGACCACAGUCCUCAUUCGGUCUUCGUUCAACUCGAUGAGUUGUUGGCUAAUGAAGAUGGUGACUCGGAGUGGAAAGAAACUGCCCGUUGGAUCAAGUAUGAAGAGGAUUUGGAAGAGGGGUCAGCUCGGUGGGGUAAACCUCACGUUGCCUCUCUUUCCUUCCAUUCUUUAUUGAACCUGAGGCGUUGUUUGGAGACCGGAGUUGUGCUUCUUGACCUUGAAGAAAAGGAUCUACCUGGUGUUGCUUACAGGGUGGUCGAGCGCAUGUUCUCAGAUGGAUUGAUAGCAGAAGAUGAUAAGGCCGUGGUACUGCGUUCGCUUCUUUUACGUCACAAACAUGUCCAUGACGAGAAGUUCCGAUUUUCUAUAAGUGGCCGAAAACAGUCCUCCUACACAAGUUUACAGUCGCUGUGGUUAGAAGAUAGCGCAUUGGGUCCACCUGGGCCGGGUGGACGAAUUCGCUGUUCAAUUUGCUCCACCACCGGGUCCUGCCGAAGACACAGCACUCAUCUUAUCAACUUGUCAGACUUCAAACGUCGGCAGAGUACGCAUAUGAUUAUAGGAGAUCGAUUGGACACACGUAAAAAAUCGUCAGCAGCUGGUUUAGAUACACGUGAAGUUGAAUAUCUAGCAGCUGCCGCAGUAGAUUCUCAGGAUAAAUUAAGACGUCCCCAUAAUGAUUCUAUUAUGAAAAGAAUCCCCGACGAUGCAGAAGCUACUACGGUUCUGGUUGGAGCAGUCGGGUUCCUUGAGCAACCUACCAUUGCUUUUAUACGACUGGCUCAUGGCAUCCUAAUGCCCUCCAUUACGGAAGUUCCUAUUCCAGUGCGAUUCAUGUUCAUUCUUCUUGGACCAACAACUGCGCAACUUGAUUACCAUGAAGUUGGUCGAUCGAUUUCAACACUUAUGUCUAAUCCAACUUUUCAUUCGAUUGCAUAUAAAGCUGAAGACCGACACGAGCUUUUAUCGGCUAUAAAUGAGUUCUUGGAUGAUUCAAUUGUUUUACCACCGGGUGAUUGGGAGCGACAAGCUCUGUUGCCUUUCGAAGAACUUCGAGCUAAAAGUGAAAUGAUUCGUCGCCGUAAACGCGAUGCAAUAGAAAAGAAACGUGCUGCAACUACGACAACGGACGAAGCUUCUCCUAUUGAGGAGAAGAAAGCAUUAUUAAUUGCUGAAAGUGGUGGGCCGCCAGAUAAAGAGCCUGAUGAUCCACUAUCUAAAACGGGACGUUUGUUUGGAGGAGUUAUACGAGAUAUGAGGCGACGUUAUCCUCAUUAUGUUUCGGAUUUCCGAGAUGCCCUAAAUGGCCAGUGUGCAGCAGGGGCUAUAUUUAUGUAUUUUGCUGCACUCUCAUCGGCCAUCACCUUUGGAGGACUACUAGCAGAAAAGACGUAUAACACUAUAGGAAUCUCGGAAACUUUGGUUUUUACAUCCGUUGGAGGCGUAUUCUUUGCAUUGGUUGCUGGCCAACCAAUGAUGAUAACAGGUGCCACAGGUCCACUCUUACUCCUGGAUGAAUCCCUUUCGAACUUCUGCCACUCGUACGGUUUUGACUUUCUUGCAGCGCGGAUGUACUGUGGUUUAUGGAUGAUCGUAAUAGCUCUCCUCGUGGCAUCUCUAGAGGGGAGUGUAGCUGUCAAGAAAAUUACUAGGUUCACGGAAGAUAUUUUUGCGUUCCUCAUUUCUAUGAUAUUUAUAUCAGAACCGAUUACAAAUAUUAUUAACUUGUAUCGAAUGCAUCCACUUGGAUACGAUUAUUGCCAGAAAGAAAAUAUAACGAUUACUCCACCAAUUAUUAAUUCUACAUUAUCAGAUGGUUCAACAAAUUUCACGAUGCCAUUACCUCCACCAAAGCACAUUAUACCACCGCAACCAAACACAGCGCUCUUCUGCACUAUUUUGACUCUUUCGACAUUUAUAAUCGCUUAUUACCUUCGCAUAUUCCGGAACGGUAAAUUUUUGGGUCGUAGUGCACGUCGUGCGCUUGGAGAUUUUGGGGUCCCAAUCGCUAUUAUUAUUAUGGUGGGUGUGUCUGCAAUUGUACCUGUCUGGACAGAAAACUUGAAGGUCCCCGACGGAUUGAGUCCUACAGCUGAACGUUCCUGGCUUGUACCUCUUAACCCAGGGCUAGAAACCAUUCCCUUUUGGGCAAUAGGAGCCAUGGUUUUACCAGCACUCAUGGUUUACAUCAUCGUAUUCAUGGAAACGCAUAUUGCGGAGUUGAUUAUUGAUAAACCUGAGCGCCGUUUGAAGAAAGGCAGCGGUUUCCACAUGGACAUAGUUGUUAUGUCGUUGGUCAAUGCAGUUUGUGGAAUGUUCGGAGCUCCGUGGCAGUGCGUAGCUACAGUGCGAUCUGUCAGCCACGUUUCAGCUUUAACAGUGAUGUCCACAACCCAUGCACCCGGUGAUAAGCCACAUAUUGUUGAAGUUAAAGAACAACGUUUGACCGGUCUGUUAGUAGCAAUAAUGGUGGGGGUGUCUGUGCUUGCCUCGGGUUGGCUUCGUCUCGUACCAAUGGCAGUGCUAUUCGGAGUUUUCUUGUACAUGGGUAUAUCGGCUUUAGGUGGAAUUCAAUUUUGGGAAAGAGCCAUUUUACUUCUAAAACCAGUUAAACAUCACCCGCAAGUGCCCUACGUUAGACGAGUGCCGACUAUGAAAAUGCAUCUGUUUACUUGUAUCCAAAUUAUGGGUAUCUGUGUCCUUUAUGCUGUGAAAUCAUCGAGGAUUUCUUUGGCUCUGCCGUUUUUCAUAGUACUUAUGGUUCCAUUGAGAAUGACAUUGGUUUACCUCUUCACACCUCUGCAAUUACGAGCGUUGGAUGGUGCGCAAAAGGAUAUUGAAAAAGAUGAUGAACCAGAUUUCUACGAGGAAGCUCCUCUACCAUGA